AUGGCGGCUGGGGUGGUCCUUUACUACGGAAGACCGGAGUUGCUGGAUGGAGAGAUGGAUUCACAUGGCCAGAUCUGUGCAAUCGGCAAUGUUCAACGCCCGAUGCUUUACUGGCCAGCUCCGGGUGAGGCCAGGCUUGCGACUUGCGUCGCGGAGUGCCCUUCGGAGGUGGACGUAGUGAACUCGAGGUCUGUAAGCGUGGCUACGAUGGAGCCCGUCACGACUCAGGGGUUGCUGGAAAACGGGACCAACCACACAGAAGAGAAGGUGGCACUUGCGAAGAGGCAGAUGCUGGGAAGGAAUUCCUACCCAGUAUACGAGACACUCCCUUGCCUCGGGCGGUUCUGCCUUCCGAACUCGAAGGCACCUGGCAUCUUCGCGUCGUUGCUGUGGGCCGCUGGUGAGCAGGGAGCCGUUGUGCCUGGGGCAUCCGUCCUGAUGGUGUACGCACGGCGAUUGCUGGGAAUCCUGCGUCAGGGGCCUCCGUGGAAGGAAUGGCUGGUCUCGCAUUCUUGGACAUUGUCGGACCUUGUCUGUGCAGCAGCCAUGAGCGUAUUCGCCCUCGGCGGGCUGUCGCAACUAGUUCAAGUAGCUUGCCCCCGAUGUGUUGCCUUUGGGACGACGACGAUUACAGGUACCUUGGCAGCUGGGGCCAGCAAGAUGGUGUGGGACACUUUGCGCAAAGUUGAUGCAGCAGCGGCCAACGAUGCUGCGAUUGGGUUGGAGCAAGGGAGUUUGGCUCCCGGAGGUCUGCAACUUGUGAGCGCUGCCCUCCUGGUGCUGGCAGCACUCGCAGCCAUCGCACUCACUUGCAGCCGCAAGAGGCUAGUGAGAGGUGCGGCAGCGAUAUCAGCCUCGCUCCUGGCCGUGCCACGCAGGCUUCUCCUGGAGCUUUUGAUGGCCACCUUGCUAUUGGCGGUAACCCAGGUCGCCAGUCUCUUUGCUUGUGCAGCUCUGGUGCAGCGCGCUGCAUCAGUAGUAGUUCCUGACUCUCGGCUUUCGGGAGUCGCCGGGUCCACUUCGGGACCCUUGCCAGGAAUAGAGAACUCCACGAGUGUUCUGCCCGGAUCCAAUCUGCUUGGUGAGGCCUGGCCACCAGGACCUGUAAUCUCCGACACUCAGCCUUUCGCUUUCUCGGAUGUCUUGUGCUUCUCCCUUCUGCUGGUGGUGAUACUGAUCUGCUUCUUGUGGCUGCAGCUGACGGAGGCAGUCUUUCGUGGAAAGGUGGCGCUCAGCGUGGCUUUCUGGUAUUUUUCAUUGGAUCCUGAAGAUGUGGCUCAGCCCUUGGCAUCCCCACCAGCGAUAGCAUGGGUGCUCGCACGACGUCACGUGGGGUCCUUGGCCAAGCGUGCCUGCGUUUCCUCCCUAAGCUUUCUUUGCUCCUUUGUUUCGCUGAAGGCAAAGGCGGCAAAGGCAAAUGCAUCAGACGCUUUGCAGGCCGAGGCCUCGGGAGGCUCUCGCGAGGCCUCCUGGGCUUCCUGGGCUGAAGCCUGCUCGGGACAGCCGGCGGUGUUUCUAUCAGUCUUUCCAGGCCACGAUUUCUUUGAGUCCGCCAGCAUGAUUGCUGCCUCCUUGCCUUUGGCCUUGGAGACCUUGCGUAGCAGUCUCGGGGCUUCCUCGCUUCCUUGUUUCUUUUCCGGAGCCAGCAUGCCAUUGCUCGUCGUGGCAGUCGUGAUGCUGGUGUGUCAGCUGUGGAAGGAGCCCGAAGACGGGGAGCACCGGUCAACAGAGGACACCAUCGAAGUGCUGUGGUUGCUGAUAGUGCUAGCUGCACUGCUCCCUGCCGGUAUGGCCUGGUCAACUUUUUCUGGUGCCCUCACCGAAUCCUUGCUGACCUGCUGCAUGCUCGACGAUGCCUGGUUCCAAGCCUUCCGAAAACUACCUAUCGAGGCUCCGCAUGCCUGGGGGCAGGAGCACGUUCCCAGGAGUCCUGUGACGGUUGCUUCCUCCCAUGUGCUGUGGAGCAGCAGGAUGGUGCCAUUGAGGCUUCGCAUCCUCUUGACGGAAUCUGACACAGACGUCUGA